AGUCUGACAGGCUCCUGCAGAGUUACAUCACUUCCUAAAAAUCAGGCAAACACCUCUCCUUCAAGUGAGCACCGACCCAAAGGGGCAGGAAACAGGAAAUGUGCGCGUUGGAGGGAGGCCGGGGCUUCGCAGCAUCCUGAACGCGGGCGAGCCAGCUGACAUGACCGUGCGGUGCGCUGCCUUGGUCUUGGCCCUGGGGCUCGCACUUGGUCACUCCAGCCAGGGAAGUGACGAGGAGUCAGACUACUCAGGACAGAGCACUACCGAAGAAGAAAACGCAGAGGACGAGACCACAGUGACCACAGAAGCAUUCCUUGCAAAUGUGAAUUCUACUGACACAAAUGGCACCUCCAAUCAGACGGAAUUCCUGUUAAUGGUGGCGAUCCCACUGGGUGCGCUGCUUGUCCUUCUGUUCGUGUUUCUCAUUGCGGCCUACUUUAAAAGCAAGAGACCUAAACAAGAGCCUUCUAGCCAAGGAUCUCAAAAUGCCUUACAGACACAUGAACUAGGAGGUGAAACCCUGAAAGUACCUAUCUUUGAAGAAGACACACCCUCCGUUAUGGAAAUAGAGAUGGAAGAGCUUGACAAAUGGAUGAACAGCAUGAACAGAAAUGCCGACUUUGAAUGUUUACCUACUUUGAAGGAAGAAAAGGAGCCAAACUUCAGCCCAAGUGACAAUGAAUCCUAAGUCCAAGUGCCUGUGUUGAUGGCUCUCAAGAGCACAGUUCCCGAAGGCACCUGCCAGCCCACCAGGGGAGGAUGAAGAGGAGACAAGUUUAAUUAGUUUCAAAUCAGUGUAGACACAAGAACCUUUUAGUGUUUCUUCCACCGUCCCCUCUUCAGGCGAUAGCAUCCCCUGGACUUGGAAGAAUGAGGGACUGCAGUCUUGGAAAGGCCUGGCUGCCCACCAGCCCAGUCAUGGUGAAGGAGGCCUGUGUGGUGCUGGCUCCAGAUCAGUGGGUGUCCCUCCCCACUGCUUCCUCCUCGCUCAUUCUGGUCUCCCUAAGAUCACAGCACUGGUUGCUUCACUUGCAGGGUUUGGAUCAGGAAGCUGGUCUUCUUCCGGGUCACCUUACUGCCUAACAGGUUUGGAUAAUAUCCUCUCACUAUUCAUGGUCUCUCAGGUCAACUCCAGUCAUCUGGAACUUUCCUCAAGGACAGUUGUGUUAUGGAAAACACACCAAACAAAGCAGGUGUUUCAUAACACACCAUCCCAGGGAGUUGUUACGCUCGUUCCUUCCCUGCUAAGAAAACACAAGAAAGUCCACAGUCCUCAUGGGAGAUCCUUGCUUGACUCAUAGACUUGCACUUGGCCACAUCUCAGUCGACUUUGAAAACUUCGCAGAAGUAGCCAUCUUUAAAGAGAGAAGCAACUUUUUCCUUCUCUGCUAAAAUCACCUCUACUUGCAACAUCCCAAAGCUGCUGAUCUUGUUUCAAGCCACAGGCCUGGCUGGGGCCGUGUGGGCUUGGUAUGCAUACAGGUGGGGUCAUCUGCGGCCCUUCUGUAUCUUGGAGAUCUUCAAGGCUGAGCAAGAAAGAUCUGUACCGUGGCAGUUCUGGCUCAGCGUGCUCGGUGUCUCUCUGCACUCUACGUAUGACCUCCCCUGUAGGCUGGGAUGAUUCUCCAAUCCUCAGCACUCUGGGAGGUGGCUAUCAGGCCAUCAGAAGUGACAUUCUACAUGAAAUCAGUUGACAUCCAUGUUCUAAAAACAAUGGAGUAAAAAAAAAAUGCAGAAAAACUCACUAACCUCUCCUCCUCAAUAAAGCCAGUUCAUUUAAUCCUUUGGUUUCUAAUUCUGACCUUUAAAGGGCCAUCUAGUAAAUUGAGUCUCUGAGUCUCCUGGGAUGUUUGGUAUUUUAUUCCAGGAAAGAAACAAAGAAUGAAAAUUUUAUUUUGCUAACCACAUAUAAACUGAGGGGAGAUGAGGUUAACCAAACUUUUUGCUGCUGAAUUGGGGUUCUGUGUUUGAAAGGCUGCCCUCAUGCUCCACCGAGAGCCUUUUCCUCCCCGCUUGGGGCCCCUUUAACGAGCUCUUGCCUUAUGAGAUAUGCAGAUAAUUUUAUAGGCAGAGCCGCAGGCCAGGGUGGUCUCUCUACACAGUGAACAACCUGAACCCCCGCUUUCCUACUGUCCUGGGACUGAGCAGUGCUCUGACAAAAGGCAGUAUUCAAGAGUGUAUCUUCAACAGAUUCGUUGUCCUGUCUCAGUGACUCCGAGUCAUUGCCCUGUGGACGCUCACAAUCGACUUAUAACCUGCCCUGACUCUCAGACAGUCACCCAGCAGGCAGAUGUUGCCUUCUGAGUCAUCACUUGUCUGUUCUGUCCAUGACUGCUACUUUAAAUUUGAUUCUCUUUCUCUGAAGUCUAGUUCCUUCUUUCUUGGGGUGUCUAAGAUCCUCGGUGACUACCAGGCCUUUGACCUUGGUCCAACCCUGUCCAAUAUCAGACUUCAGAAUUUCUCAGAAGUGUAAGAGGUAUUGGACUGUUACUUUUGAUAAAGGCGUGUUUCGUGAGAUGAUAACACGAUUCUCAUUCAGUACAUCAAAUAACCUCAAACUCCUGAAGAAACAAAUUUACCAGCAUGCUGUUGAAUUUGUAUCUGAGAUCUGUAUUGACUUUUCUAGCUGCACAGGAACUUUCUACAGAGCUACUUUGUUCUGGCAAGACUCGUGACAUUAGCAUGGGCCAAGCAGUCAAGUUAAGCCUGCUGAUCCUGGUUAUUAUUAUACAAUCAGAGCACGCAUGUGUGUAUGACAAUUCCAUGAAUUCUUAAGACAAAAAUGCUUAUUUGUUUUACAUUAUUAGUAGGAGGAAAACCCUCAUUAAUUUGCUUUAGCUGGACAGCUAAUCAGAACAAAUCAGAUUUUAAAAUAAAGAUGGCCAUGGAAUUUAUCUCUGUUCGUGGGUUGUUUGCCUAGCAUGCCCAAAGGUCUGGGUUUGACCACUAGCACUGUAUAAACUGAGCAUGGUUGCAGGAAGAUCAUUCCCACAAGUUCAAGUCCAUUCGCAGAUACAUAGUGAGUUUGAGGUCAGCCUGGAAUAUUUAAGACUGUGACUCAAAAAAUAUAUUUUUAAGACACAUACUUUGGUGUAUUUUUUUUUAAGCAAAGUAGGUUGAUAGCAUUGCUUAGCUGAACUUCUUCAGAAAGUUGUUUCAAUAAACAUGUUUUUAAAAGUCCAUUUGGGACUCAUUUUUAAAAAAGAACUUUUUGAACUUUUUCUUUGCCAAUUUCAUAUAUGUAUGAAGUAUGUUCUGAUUUCUGUAGCCCCGGCCUCUCUAAUCUCCUUCUCACCCCUUCACUCUCCCUACAAGUCUCUUCU